AUGACUGGCAGUUGUGGUGCUGUUGUUGGUGCUGUGGGCCGGCGGCUGCUGCAGCAGGCAUCGCAGUGGUGCAGUGCUGCCGUUCUGUCGCGAAGCCUCUCGAGCAGCAGGUUGUGCUGCGACAAGAACAAGCUGGCUGCACGAGCUAGUGGCUUUGAAGACACUGUGUGGGUGGAAUUCACGCCACUGGCCCAGAAGCAUGGCGCCGUCAACCUUUCUCAGGCUUGCCAUCGAUUCCAGUCGCACCCUUUAUUCUGUCUUGCAUGCAAACGGGUACCUGCUGAGCCAGGCAUGCAUCACCAGUACACACGCGUUGGCGGUCAUCCGCGGCUUGUGAACGCGCUUGCGCGGCAUUACUCGCCCGAGUACGACCGCGCGCUCGACCCCCUCAACAACAUCUGCGUCACCGUUGGCGCGACACAGGGCCUGCUGCUGUUCUUCCAGACGUUUGUGGAUCACGGCGACGAGGUGAUCAUCAUUGAGCCCUUCUACGACAGCUACAUCCCACAGAUUGAGAUGUGUGGUGGUAAGGCCGUUGCUGUGUCCCUUCAGCCACCAGCAAACACAGACGCCGCCACCCGCUCUUCUGCCGACUGGACGCUCCCCCUGGACGAGUUGGAGGCUGCAUUUUCCCCGCGCACAAAAGCCAUCCUCCUCAACACCCCGCACAAUCCAAGCGGCAAGGUGUUCAGCCGGCGCGAGCUGGCGGCCAUUGGAGCGCUGGCAGAGAAACACGACACCCUCAUCCUCGCAGACGAGGUGUACGAGAAGUUGCUGUACGAUGACGAAGAGCACGUGCACAUUGCCUCGCUGCCCGGCAUGUGGGAGCGCACGGUUUCGCUCGGGUCUGUCGGCAAGGCAUUCAACACCACCGGGUGGAAGAUCGGAUGGGCGAUUGGACCGGAUCACCUCAUCCAGCCAAUGCAGCGCACGCAACAGUACACGCCGUUCUGCGUGACGACGCCGCUGCAAGAGGCGCUCGCUCGUGUGUUUGAAGAGGAACCACAGCAGCAGUUCUUCCAACAGCAGAAAGACAUGUUCACACACAAGCGGGAGACGCUGGUUGGCAUCCUCCAAGACAUUGGCCUGAAGCCAACCAUCCCUCAGGAGCACAGCCACCUUGCGCACAACUACGCGCGCUUCUGCUUUGUGAAGACUGACGAAGACAUUGAGGAAGCCGGUCGCCGCCUUCGAGCACACUUCCUCUGA